CUUCGUCUCCGUAAAGACGAUGAGCCGACUUUGGGAGUGGCCUUCAUAACCGAUCUCCAACAUCAUCUCUGACAUCAAUGACGCCUCCUCGCAUCUCUUCUCCGAUCUGACAGUCCUCGAUGCCAAACUCUUCUUCGGGCUUUGUCCCACCGCCAAAGGGCUUCUUCUCACCCUCCCCGAACAAGACGGUGGUGUCCCUCAACAAUGGCUAUCCUUCCACACCGCAAGGUGCUAGCGCCGAUCGACAAGGAUACUCGCGCUCCUUUGGCAAUGGCUACACUGGCGAUGCAUUGGCUGGCUCAGAGCCUUCCUCUGUACCAAAGGGUCGUAGCAGACCGCGCCGCGAGUCCAUCGGUCAGAUGAGACGCAAAGCUUCCGAUUCAGCGACAGCAGCAGCCUCUGCAGGUGGCAUCGGCAUCGCCUUUGCCAGCCGAACAGGCCAACCUAUUCCGACUGGCCGAGGCGGUGCUUUGCCUCCCAAUGUCAGCCGUGCCUUCUCCACUAGUCCACGCGUUGGUGCAGAUGGCGCCACGCCUUCUUCGUUUUCUGCCUCAUUAGGCUCGGCUGCAGAAGCCCUCUCCUUGCCUCCCUCCGUACUCAACAGUGGCGCCAAGACGGGAAGGCCGACAGGUCACACCCACUUCGGUCAAGAGUGCUACGGUCCUGAGCCAGGCGAAGCGAUACCUCCCAAUCCUCCUGCCAGCGCUGAAGUAAACAAGAACGGUGGUGCUGUCCCUGCUUCUGCUCCGAAUAGUGGGUCUGCUGCCGCUCUCCUCGCCGCUGCAGCCAAUGCUGCAGGCAAUGGCGCGACUCAAGGAAGGAGAGAGUCGAUCAGCGAAUCGAUGAAUGGAGAUGAAGAAUCCCUCAGCUCCUCCGCCCGGACGGCUGGAGGCAAAGAGCUGGCUCUUCACCGCUGCGAAAGCUGUCUCAAGGUCUAUCGCCAUCCGAGUUGUCUCAUCAAGCACCGCUGGGAGCACACAGUCUACUGGAAGGAGGCAUCCAAAUUCCUCAUGUCCAAGCAUCAACAAGUCCAGCUCCUUGAAGCCGCCGCCAUUCUGGUCAACCUUGAUGGAGACGCACAAUCAUUACCUGAUGAAAAGGCUCUUUGGCCCGCUGCCGUCUCGCCGGCUGCUUCGGGUCUGUUGGGAUCAGAUAGGGUCAACUUCGAUAAGCUCAUGCAGCGAAAGGCUGCUCUGAGAGGCCGGGCUCCCUCGAUUUCUUCUUCGGUUCAGUCUCCUCACCGCGAAGCAUCCUACGAUGCAGACGGCGCUUCGGUAGCUUCCUCUGUGCCACGCUCCGUCAGUGGUGGCCUGAGCCCGCUCAAUAGCUUCAAGUCGCUUGGUCUUAAUGGCACUCCUCCUGCUGGAAGACUAGGCAAUGGAAACGGCUAUGGCAGCUACAGCAACUACGCCAAUGGCAACGGCAACGGUAGCUAUACCACUCCUUAUACCUUUGGUUCCCUGGGCUCACACCGACUCAACUCGGAGAUUGCCCACCUUGCUCUGGAUGAGGAGAGCGACGAGCGCAACACGGCUGCUACGACUACUUCGACGAAGACGGCAGGUACGACGGGCACGGGCACCUCUGGCACGUCGUCUACCUCUCGUACCGAAGGCGAAGAAGGCGGUAGCAGCAUGGGUGGCUCCUCCCCCGCCUCAUCUAGGUCCCCGGCCGAAGAGGAUGACGAAGACGAGGUGGAUGAGGACGACGAGGAGGAUGUUUCUGGAGGAUCCUCUCUGGGUGGAAAGCGUGGAGAGAAGCGUUGGGGCUUGCACGAAGAUGCAAUUGCCGAGAUGGACAUGGAUGAAUGACAGUAGCCUUCGCCGAAGGCAAAGAAAGGGCAUGGACAGUUGGAAUUGGAAGGUGGCCAGAGGAAGAUGUCGGACUAGCGGAUAGUGAUCGAGCACAGGCCAAAGCCGGGGACAUACAACACGAUGUGGGCAGAGAGAGGGAGAGGGAGUCAACGUCGCCAGAGGCUGUAUUGGUCUCGGUCCGGCUUCCUCCACCGCAUCCCGCCUCGCCUCGGAUUGCCACUCCCCACUUGGACUUCACACGUGUCGCAGUCUCCUCCCUCCUACCCCUAGCCUUUUCUAUUUCUCCUUCCGUCUGCCCUUUACCUGUCUGUUCCUUCCGAGGACUCCGGCAGACUUUCUCACACAAACAAACAACCAAUCAAUCAAUUAACUGGAAAAAUCAUCGAAGUCAGAAGACCUAUGCGUGCGAGAGUU